AUGAGCAACAACGUGUUUGAAGCUGCAGCAUCGGGUGACAUUGGUUAUCUUGAGAAACACAAGAGCGACAUUGGUUCGAAGAAUGAGCGUGGCUGGACGGUGCUUCACUUUGCCGCUCGAUACGGGCAGCGUCAAGUCGUCGACCUUGUCUUGCAACUCUCUGGGUGCGAUCGUGAAGCUACCAAUUCUGAAGGCAAGACGGCAGCCGAGGUUGCUCAAUUUUGGGGAUACGAUGAUAUUGCCAAGCUACUCGGCACGUCAACAACAACAACAACAACACAAGAACCCUCGUCCCAGCAACAGCAACUACAGCCGUUUCCACCAAAUCAUGUGAACUUUUUUGCUGACAGCCCAUUAAACAGAUAUAGCUGGUAUCGCAAUGACAAGAACAAGCUGCGUGAACUCGUUCGUGGACCUCGUGCUCGUUUCCUUGUGAUGUCUGAACUCAAUCCUUUAUUUGAUGACAAUGGUAUCUAUUUUGCAACCUAUGAUGAAGUGGCUUCCGUUAUCGAAAAGGCUUUGCCGGAACAAGAGGAGAACAAGCUUGUCCCUGAAGAGGAUGAGAUCAUCUUGGUGUUCCUUGGUAUCGAUGAACGAGAGGACAAUGCCGUGUAUUGGGCUUUGGAUGUUACUCCGAAAGGCCACCAUGAAGCCGACAUGAAGAAAUUGAUUGAUGCAUUCGAAGCUCGCGACCUUGAAUUCUCACCAGCCCUUCCACGUGCUUUUACGGUUGAAAAAUCAGUUGCAGCAAUCAUUGCACAAGCUCGUUCAAUGGUGGAUUGGAAUCAACGCCACAUGUAUUGCCCUGCAUGUGGAAGACGAACGAAGUUAGAUGAAGGAGGACACAAGCGUACUUGUCCACCGGUUCCAGCAGGAGAAACGGGUGGUGCACCAUGUAUCAGCCAAAACGGUGUGCAUAACUUUGCCUAUCCGAGAACAGAUCCCGUGAUCAUUGUAGCCAUUGUUCAUCCUACUGAAGAUAAGGUCCUCUUGGGUCGACAAAAGAAAUGGCCUGGAAGAAUGCAUUCUUGUAUCGCUGGAUUUGUUGAAGCAGGUGAAUCGAUUGAAGAAGCUGUACGACGUGAAGCCUAUGAGGAAGCUGGUAUCCGUGUGGAUCGUGUGGCCUACCAUAGCAGUCAGCCAUGGCCGUUUCCCAAUUCAUUGAUGUUUGGAUUUAUUGCUGAGGCUGUGAGCACCGAUAUCAAGCUUGAGGAUAAAGAGCUCGAGAGCGCUGUUUGGUUUACGCAUGCCGAGGUGCAAGCUGUGCUUAACAAGGAAGCCAACACCAAGUUUACUCUUCCACCCAAGACAGCGAUCGCAUAUCAGCUUAUCAAGUCAUGGGCUACGGAUAGCAUAUGGCGAUCCAAGAACCAAAAUGCCAAAAUGUGA